AGUACCUAGUCGAUGGUAAAUUUGAUUUAUCGACGGUGACAGCGAGGUCAAUCCAUUUUAUUAAAAAAACGGCUGGUGGUUCUUGUCGAUAACUAAAUAUAAAAUAUUUUUAACCCCUGCUUAUAGCUGGGUACAAAGAAGAAGAUUAAUUCUGAUAAAAUUAUAAUUUUCCUAGUUUUGUUUUCUUGUGAAUUCGUUUAACAAAAACCGGCAAGAUGUUUUGGGGUCUUAUUAUGGAACCAAACAAAAGGUACACCCAAUUGGUGGACAAACCUUUCCACAUUUCACAUGCAGCGAUGGACAUAUCCACAGGUGAUAAUGAAGCCUGUCAGGUCAUGGUUGUAGUUGACGGAAAGAACUUCCUUGUAUGCACAUUACAGAAGAAGCAAACCAUUCAAAUGCCCCUCGACCUGUACUUUAAAACUGGUGAAAAUGUUGCCUUUUUGACAAACGGUAAAUGCAAUGUACAUUUAACUGGCUACAUCGACCCCGAGUUUGAUGAUGAGGUCUCCGAUGAAGAGGGUGAGGAAGAGGAGGAGGAAGCUGAUGAGGAAGAACAGGAACAGGCACAGAAACCAGCCAAGAACAAGAGAAAGCUCGUCACUAGCACUGACUCCGCUACUAGCGCUAAGAAGGCAAAGAAAGGAAAGAAGGCAGCUGCUGAUGAAGAUAGUUCAGAUUCUGACAAUGAAGAUCAAUUGCAAAAGUUUUUGAAUGGAGAGGAUAUUGACAGUGAUGAAAAUGAUGAGUCUUUCAAAAUUAACACAUCUGCCGAGGCUGAUGAUAGUGAUGAAGAAGAAGACGAUGAUGAUGAAGAACAAGAAGCAGAGGAGGAGGAAGCAGACAGUGAUGAUGAUGAUGAUGAUGAAGAAGAAGCCGACUCUUCCAAGGCUGACACCAGCAUGGACACCAGCAAGGACGACAGCCAGAUCGACAUGAGCAAGCUCACUAAGAACCAAAAGAAGAGGUUGAAGAAGAAACUGCAGAAGGAGAAGCAGGCACAGGGACAAGUGAACGGUGUUGAAAAGAAGGAAAAGGCAGAACCAAAACAAAAAACUGAAAAGAAGAAGUCAGAAGCUAAGAAAGAGCAGAAAGAAGAGGCUGCUGUUGAAAAGAAAGAAAAGAAGUCACUCAGCGGAGGAGUGUUCAUUGAAGAUGUGAAAAUUGGAAAUGGACCUGUAGCCAAGCCCGGCAAAACUGUCAUGGUAUACUAUGAAGGAAGAUUGAAGCAGAACAACAAGAUGUUCGACAACUGCCAGAAGGGGCCCGGCUUCAAGUUCCGCCUCGGUGCCAAGGAAGUGAUCUCCGGCUGGGACGUUGGUGUCUCCGGCAUGAAGGUUGGAGGCAAGAGGAAAAUCAUCUGUCCUCCUGCUAUGGCUUAUGGAGCAAAAGGAUCCCCUCCAGUCAUUCCACCAAACUCAACAUUAGUAUUUGAAGUUGAACUGAAGAACGUCAAAUAAAAUAUUUUUAAGUGUUGAUUACUGUUUGUUUUAAAUAUGUUUAAAUGUCGCGCAUAGUGCGAAGUUACUACAAUGAUGCCAUUUUAUAUGCUCUAAAGCAUCUUUUAUUUAACAUCAUGUUAGGUAUCUGUAUUCCAUACGUGAAUAAAAUUGCCAACAUAAAAAAUCUUGUAAUUACAAGUAAAGGAGUUCAAUCACAUUGUAUGAGUGUUAGUUUCUUGUUGUGUAUUCAUCAGGUCUUUGCAUUUUCAUAUUAUUUUUAAUAAAAUUUUUAAGGCUUAUAAGAUUUCCGUAUUCAUUAUCUGAGAAUUUCUUAAUAAUGAGGUAACAUAUGAUUGCAUCAGAUGAUGAUAAAUAUAAUAUGAUUUAUGUAUUUUUUUUAUCUCUAGUUGUCAUUUGUGAUGAAGCUGAACCAAAGUCCCAAUUUGGUUAACCUCCUUUCUUGUAACUAUUUUCAUUUUGAAUAAAUUUAAUUGCCAUUUUAUUCACAUGCCUACUUACAUACAUACUUCAUUUAUUUUUUUAUCAAUGAAUAGUUAGUAAGGUGCCCUGUGAGGAGUGCUUUCUAGCAUUAAGACUACAUAGGUUAUAAUGUAAAAAAUAGUGACCAUUUCAUUCUCAUAAUUAUAAAAUGAUAGUAAAUAAUUAGAUAAAGUUUAGGAAAUCAAUUUACAUAAAAGUAAAUUUUACAGUGUAAACAAAUUGGACAUGGAUAAAAAAUCUUUCAGUGAAUUUCAAUCUGGUCAGGUAUUUUAGUUUGAAUGUAGUUACAGGACAUUAACUAUAAGAUACUGUAAGCCUUAAGUAAGUGAUACAUAAAUAAAAUAAUUAAAAAUAAA